AUGGCUUUCAGGACGAGAUCCGCCAGGCAGAAUCGAAGACCGGAUAGCAUUACAGCAUCUAGGGCUGUCUUAGGUUCAUCUGAUUCUUUGAUAGAUACAAACACUUGGAGUAAUGGAGCAUGGAGGUCUAUUAUAGACGUGGAAGGAGAAAUAGAACAUAUGAACAAUUUGAACAAUAACAAUUUAUUACGCGAGAGAAAUUUGAUCAAUCGUCAAAAUCACCAGUUGACACCAGCAAAAAGAAAAGUUGGGAAAAGCCUCGGGGACAUUUCAGAGAAUCAAGAUGAAAGUGAGGAAAAGAAGCCGGUAGGGCUGAGGCGCCAGAGGCGGAACUCUUGGGGAAGCGGAAUUCCAAGGCCCGUGGACAACAGGUCCUCGAAAUCUCCUCCCCAGUACUCACCAUCUGAUGCUGAAGAAAUGUUUGAAGAGAGGUCAACACCUGAAUCAAGCCCCACCACUCCAGGUUCAAAGUUGCCUCCCCUUCUGUCAAUGUUAAUGCCGAAAAGCAGAGGCAAGAAGAAAUCAGCCGGGAAGACAAAAGGUUUUGCUAUAUUCAUUUAA